AUGAAAGGGAUCGAACAGAUGGGAUUUAAGACGAUGACCGAGGUACAAGCGCGGUGUGUGCCGCCGUUGCUGGCCGGGAAGGAUGUGUUGGGGGCGGCGCGGACGGGGAGCGGAAAGACGCUGGCGUUUUUGGUGCCGAGCGUGGAGUUGUUGUACCACGCAAAGUUCAUGCCGAGAAAUGGGACGGGAGUGAUGGUGCUGUCGCCCACGCGUGAAUUGGCGCUGCAGAUUUACAACGUCGCGCAACAGCUGAUGGAGAAGCACUCGCAGACGCACGGAUUAAUCAUCGGAGGCGCGAAUCGACGCGCCGAAGCCGAACGCUUGAUCAAGGGCGUCAACUUGCUCGUCGCCACGCCUGGACGGUUGCUGGAUCACAUGCAGAACACUCGUGGAUUCACGUUUAGCUCGCUCAAGGUGUUUGUCAUGGACGAAGCCGAUCGCAUGCUCGAUAUCGGGUUCGAGGAGGAGAUGCGAACCAUCGUGAAAAUGUUGCCAAAGGAGCGGCAGACGAUGCUGUUUAGCGCGACGCAAACCACAAAGGUUGAAGAUUUGGCGCGCUUGUCGUUGAAGAGUCCGAUUUACAUCGGCGUUGACGACUCGCGCGCGGUGUCCACCGCCACGGGCGUCGAGCAAGGGUACUGCGUCGUCCCGAGCGAGCAAAGGUUUUUGCUCUUGUUUACGUUUUUGAAGAAGAACUUGAAGAAGAAAAUUAUGGUUUUCUUUUCGUCGUGUAACUCGGUCAAGUAUCACGCCGAAUUGUUGAAUUAUAUCGACAUUCCCGUGAGCGACAUUCACGGCAAGCAAAAGCAACAGCGAAGAACGACGACGUUCUUUGAGUUUUGCAAAGCCGACCGCGGCGUUUUGUUGUGCACCGACGUCGCGGCGAGAGGCUUGGACAUCCCCGCGGUGGAUUGGAUCAUUCAGUACGAUCCUCCAGACGACCCAAAGGAGUACAUUCAUCGCGUCGGGCGCACGGCGCGAGGGACGGACGGAAAAGGACGCGCAUUGCUCUUCUUGAUUCCAGAAGAGUUGUCGUUUUUAAAGUAUCUCAAGUCGGCGAAGGUGCCGCUCAACGAGUACGAGUUCCCGACGAAAAAAAUCGCCAACGUGCAGAGUCAGUUGGAGAAACUGGUGGAGAAAAAUUAUUACUUGCACACCAGCGCGCGCGACGCCUAUCGAGCGUACAUUCUGGCCUACAACUCGCACACGCUCAAGGAUGUGUACAACGUGCACGCGCUCGACCUCAACGCCGUGGCGAGCUCGUUCGGUUUCCACAAACCUCCCAAGGUCCAACUCAACCUGGACUCCAAGGCGAGCAAAGGGCGCACGAAAUCACGAGGCGACGGCGGUCCGGGAAGCGAUUACCGUCGCCAGAAAGGCACCGGUCACAAUUUUAGCGCGGAAAAUCCAUACGGUAAAAAGGAUUCGAGCGAUUCGCGUCAAUUCGUACGCAUGUAG